GUUUAUUUGGUCGCGAAAAAGAAAGAGAAAUAUUGACAAGUCUUUUGAACUUCUGAACUUCUGAUACCCUCGUGCUUUUUUACCUGUGCCCUGACGAUCAGAUAUAAAUCCCUUGUCUACACGUUUUUGCCACUCAAUUCGUCCUCUAUAGACGAGCAGGCGGCCUCUUGGAAUGGCAAAGCAAGAGCUGAUCUCCUGUGCACCUCCCCUAUUGAUAUUGUGUGGGUGAUUGUUCACCGUUUCUUUGAAUCCUCUGUAUAUAUACGCUCUUUGGCGGCUUUGGGAUUCUACUUCCGACCAUCAUUAUGACGAGUGUUGUUCCUGAAGCUUUAGCCGCUGGCUCUCCAAAAGGAAAUCAAAACCGCCAUGCAUCAGAUGGCCUGGAUAAUCGUUCUCGAAACGGAGACUCACCUAAUUCCAACGAGAUAAACUUGGAUCAUUUUCAUGAAACUGGGUUCGCCACAACUCUUCCGGGGGUCAACCGGCCACCAACCUCUGAAUCACACAAGACGGAGGACAACCAAGAUCAAGAACUCGAAGCGAUAGAGGAAUCGGACCAAGCUCGAUUGGAGAGACUCGGGAGGCAACGACCUGAGGUCUUCGGUUCAAUAUGGUCCGAAGUAGGCUUUAUUUUUUCUAUAGCAAUGUCCCAGGUCCUUUCUGAAUACUUCGUCUCAGGAUUCACAGUGAUCCUACCGUCCCUCGCUACAAAGCUUCAUAUCCCAGCUGCAUCAUCAACAUGGCCUGCCAGUGCCUUCUCUUUGACCAUGGCAUCAUUCCUUUUGAUCUUCGGUCGAUUGGCCGAUAUCUAUGGCGGGUUUCCCGUUUACGUUGCUGGAUUGGUAUGGCUUACGAUCUGGAGCUUGGUUGGGGGCUUCUCCCAGAACGAGAUCAUGCUUAAUUUCUGUCGUGCUCUUCAAGGACUGGGCCCAGCUGCUUUCCUUCCGUGUGGUGUAAUGAUCCUCGGCAGCAUCUAUCGUCCCGGGCCACGGAAGAACAUGGUCUUCAGUAUCUAUGGGGCCAUGGCAUGCAUAGGCUUCUUCGUCGGGAUCUUCUUUGCUGGCCUGACUGCUCAAUAUGACGCCUGGCGCUGGUUCUUCUGGGUUGGGACUAUUCUCUCAGCCAUCACGGCAGUAACAGCAUAUCUCUCCAUCCCAUCGGACAUGGAAGAGAAACGCAGAGUGGCCGUGAAGGACAAGAUGGAUUGGCUCGGCGCCAUCCUCAUCGUCAGCGGUCUCAUCCUCUUCACAUUUGCCAUCAUCGACUCCUCGCACGCGCCUCACCAGUGGAAGACUCCCUACAUCUACGUCCUCUUCAUCGUCGGCUCCCUCCUCCUCCUCGUCGCCGUCUACGUCGAAGGCUGGGUCGCAACCCAACCCCUCAUCCCCGCCUCCCUCUUCCGCGUGCCCUGCCUGCCCGCUCUCAUCAUCGCGCUCUUCCUCACCUACGGCUCCCUCGGCAUCUUCCUCCUCUACGGCACCUUCUACAUGGAGAACAUCAUGGGGGCCUCCCCCCUCCAAGUCGUCGCCUGGUACGUGCCCAUGGCGCUCGGCGGCUUCACCAUCGCCACAUUCGGCGGCUUCAUCCUGCACCUCCUCCCAGGCACGCUCCUAAUCAUCAUCGCCGGCACGUCGUGGAUCAUCGCGCCGCUCCUGUUCGCCAUCGCGCCGAGCGGCGCCAACUACUGGGCCUACAUCUUCCCAUCGAUGAUCUGCGCCACCGUCGGCAUCGACAUCACGUUCAGCAUCACCAACAUCUUCAUCACGACGUCGCUGCCCCGCAACCAGCAGGGCCUCGCCGGCGCCCUCAUCAUGAUCCUGCUCGGUCUCGGCAUCGCCGUCAUGCUCGGCUUCGCCGAUAUCGUCAACACGUAUACCGUCGCCCGUCUCGGCCCCCGCAAGAGCUACCACGCCGUCUUCUGGUUCGAGGUCGCCUGCGCAGCUGCCGCCCUCAUCAUCCUCGCUCUCUUCGUGAAGAUCAAGAAAGCCGAGAGCGAGCUAACCGUAGAUGAGCGGUUGGCGCUGGAGGAGGCUGCUGCUGCGGCUGCAGGUGCGGAUCCCGUCUUGACGGUUCCUGAUGAUGGGGGGCCGGGGGAUAGAGAACCGAAAGAACAGCAGGAAAAGGUUUAA